UGGUUCAUGGGGCUUUCGAGAAAAACUCGCCGGCUGAAUAACUUAGCAGCAGCUAGUAUCUAUGUCACUUAGAUAGGCUUUUAGCUUGCCAACUAUCUUAAGCAUUUGCGUUCAAGAUAACAUCGUGUAUACUUAAUUUCUCCUAUAUAACCUGUCGCUUUAUUUGUCAUGGAGUUACCUAUGUAACGUUGCAGGUAUACAGUCGUUAAGUUGUACUUGAUGUCAUGUUUCUAACAGUCUGUCAGGAGAGCAAAGAACUCACGUGUUAGAAACGUAGCUAGCGAACAGUAGGUUAACUGCUAGCUUUAGCUACAUAGCUCUGGUAUGCUAACUGUUAGCUACUGUUGACUUGCUAACAAAACAUUACCAGUGUUUGCGACAGAAAGAUAAGACAGUGUGCUAAAUACAAUUCUAGAUUAUUUGUUAAACUGCCAGUUCGUCUUAUGAUUUAGCAUCUACUAACCAUUCCAAUUUGGCUUUAUGCUAACGUUUUAAGACAGCGAUGAGCAGCGGGAAUAAAGCCAUAGAUCUGCAGAUGCAAAUGCGUCAAAAUACCGAAGAUCUCCAACACUUCAUGAGAGAACUUGGUAACUGGGAAACUGACAUAAAGAAGAAGGACGAACAACUCCGGACAGGAAACGUGGGAGAAAGCUCAAAAAGUGUCCCACCUGUGAGAAAUAAAGAUUUCAAAAAGAAGAGGAGAAGAACGAAAAAUAAAAUAUCAGACAAUGAUGCCGCCAACGAAGACAAGAAAUCAAGUCGGAUUAGAUCACAUGACUACCAGGCCUGGGAUAAAUUUGAUGUGGACAAAGCUAUAGAGUCAAUGGAUAAGGAAGACAGUCCAGAGGAGUCGAAUGACUCGGAUUCAGAGGACGGUGUUAAGGUUGACCAAGAGACAGCUCUGGCAGAGAAGGAAAAGGGAAACAAGCUCUUUAAGCAAGGCAAGUAUGAUGAAGCUUUGGAGUGUUAUACCAGAGGCAUGGAUGCAGACCCACAUAACCCCGUCAUCCCGACCAACAGAGCUGCGUGCUUCCUCAAACUCAAAAAGUAUGCCGUUGCUGAGUCGGACUGCAAUUUGUCUCUGGCUCUGGACAGUAAAUACAUCAAAGCUUAUGCUAGAAGAGGAGCCGCACGCUUUGCCCUGAAGAAUUAUCAGUCUGCCUUAGAGGAUUAUGAGACUGUUCUCAAGCUUGAUCCGGGCAGCCUGGAGGCUCAGAACGAGCUGAAAAAAGUUAAAGAGGCCCUAGCUAAAGCGGGACCCACAGAGGAAGCAAAGAAACAAAUAGAAGGAGAGACUGUGAUUGAUCCUGCUCUGCAGAAGAGGCUUGAGGAGCAGCAGAAAAGCCAGGAGGCAGUAUUGCACAAGGACCGGGGCAAUGCUUACUUCAAGGAGGGGAAAUAUGAAGCUGCCGCAGAAUGCUACACCCAGGGAAUGGAGGCAGAUAUCACCAAUGUUCUCCUUCCAGCCAACCGGGCGAUGGCUUACCUGAAACUUGAGAGGUAUGGGGAAGCUGAAGAGGACUGUAGUAAAGCCAUAGCUCUGGAUGGCACCUACUCCAAGGCCUUCGCCAGACGGGGAACAGCCAGAGCCGCUCUCGGGAAGCUGCCAGAGGCUAAACAAGAUUUUGAGCAAGUUCUGAAGUUGGAGCCUGGCAACAAGCAGGCUGUGAACGAACUCAACAAGAUUAAAAUGGACAUUAAUGCGGGUCAAAUGUCAUCUGGGGAGUACAGCCAGAGAAGAGUAAUUCAGCCAAUCAACAAACCACCUCACUUGCGCUCAACUAAGCCACUAAGAAGGGUGGAAAUCGAGGAGAUUAAAGGAGACGUCGCCCCUUCAGACAGGUCUCUGAUCACCGCAGAGAUAUCUGAAUCCCUUGAAACUCAGGUCCCAUCACUGGCAGCAGUUCAGUCUGAGAGGAAGGUCAAAGCUGAAGGGUCAUCACUGGCAGCAGUUCAGUCUGAGAGUAAGGUCAAAGGUGAAGGAUCAUCGCUGGGAUCCUCCCCCUCUGCCAAAAUACAGAAGAUCGAGGAGCUGCCUGACACGGUCUCACAACCACCAGCCAAGGGGCCUGAGGGUGAUCGUGCGAAAGCCUCGAGGACUAAACACGUAGAGGAACGCCCAGAGGCCUCGGAGCCGGCCACCUCCUUACGUCACCCGGAGUCUGAUGCCCCCCCUCCCCCUCCAGCUAACAGUUUCCAGUUGGAAGCCGACCUGAGGAAGAUCGGGAAAAGGCCUGAAUCGAUUUACAAAUAUUUAAAGCAAAUUCAGCCUGAGGCUUUCGCCAGAAUCUUCCAGAACUCCCUAGAACCUGAAAUUCUGAAUCAGAUUUUGCAGACACUCCAAAAUCAUUACAUCAAGAAUGAGAAGCCCACACUCAUCCUGGACAUCCUCAAGAACCUGGCGAGUGUGAGGCGAUUCGACAUGGCGGUCAUGUUCAUGUCAACCACAGAGAAGAAAGUGAUCCAGGAGUUGUUUGGGACUCUACAGCGAGCUGGGCUCAACGAUGCAUCUGUCCAGGCCCUGCAGAAGAAGUAUGGAGUAUGACCUCUGACCUCUGGGUUGGUAGGGGAGCCAUGGUGAAGGCAGCUACCCAGAGCUGCUAGUCAAUGAAUAUCUCCUACCAGAUGGAGAUGAACUGUGUUUCUGUGGUAUGGCCAUGUGGAAUGCAGUUGCCCUGGAGUUGACACUGAACCUGACACUGUCUGUAAAGUCCCCGUGGAGCCAGAGGAGAAGGUGAAUGAAUGUCCUGUGGCACAAGCUUGACACUGCUUUUACAUUAAAUCAAAUGGGUGAAGGAAGAUUAACUUUUGUGACUUAAUUGUUUAUUUGCAUGAGAAAUGCUAACAAAAACAGCAACAAAAAAGCACAAUGGCCCAGGAAGUGCCCUAAUUGUCCAGGCUGCUGUUCCUGAUGUCCAGUCCAUUACAUUUGCUUAUUCCUUAAAUCACUUGUUUUGAGGAUCCAUUUGUUUGCAUAUGUGUGUGUAAUCAUUUUCAAAUACACCAGGAAUGAUUUCAAAA